UGUACGAGAAAAAGCGAUCUACGAUCCUGUGACGGUACCGGUUGCGGUCAACUUGCCGUGCUCGAGAGCAAAGUGCUGCAGGGCAAAAAGCAAUAAAAUAGACACUCAAAGAUGCAUCAAAUAUCGACCAUUUGUUUCGCCCUGGUAAUAGUUGCUGUACUGGUACAGAGUACGAGCGGAAAAAGAGGCUGCGCUGCUUUUGGUCAUGCGUGUUAUGGAGGGCAUGGUAAGAGAUCUGGAUCCUCCGCCUCUUCACUGUAUCCGGAAGCUCUCGAUCCCUCCAUGGUUGCAUUAGAAGUGCUGCCCAUUCCUUACUCGAAGCUGGCUUUGGACAAAUCAAGAUCGUUGGAUUCAGCACCGGAAGUAAUGCGUCCCAAUAGUGCAUACGCUAUUGAUGUAGGUGCUUUAAAUCAUCGCACAGAUACGCGGACCGGAGAUCUUAAAUAUGCUAUUUAUGCGAUGCUCAGACAAUUGAUGGAAGAGUCAGCCGUUAAUCGACAGGAGCAAGCGCAUCAACAACAGCAGGCCCAAUCGUUGAAUCAACCAUUCCCGCACGAUACUCCGAAUGUGGGUGAUAUCGAACGAAAGUAAAAUAUGUUCCCGAAAUUGUGUUAAGCAUUUUUGGUUUGCGACGAACUGGAUUAGCUGCAAAUCGCGCCUAUAAGUUUGAGAUAAUUAUAUCCCAGAAGUAGUAAUCGAGGAUUCGAUGCUACUUUUUCCGUUUAUCACCUUAAACUGUUUCCAUGGGUAUAGUAAAACAAACAUAAGAAAACAACGGCACGAACAUAUGCUAGAUCAUCACCCGCACCGAACAAGCGAGUGGCGAGAUAAUACGCUGCUGCGAGCAAUGAACCAUAUGCGACGAAACCUGUAAAUAUAAAAUUCUAGGAAGAAUGUGUGCAAAAGCACUCACAAAGAAUGUGUAUUCUAACGGAAAAUAAUUAACUACUACGCUACAAUGAAACAAUGUGUUAAAUAGUUCAAUAAGCAAUGAUUGCAAACACGUAAAUGAAUAUCUAAUAAAACAAAUAGUUAGACGAAACUUGUUAUGGCUGGGACAGUUUCGUUUAAUUAUUACCAAAAAAACACACAACAAAUGUUGCC